UUUCUCCUCAUCAUUCCUCUCUCUCCUCCUUUUCUUCCUUUCCCCUCUCUCUCUCUCACCCCGAAAUAUUCUCUCUUUAAAAACCCUUGAAUUCUUCCGCCAUUUCGAGAGACGAGAAUUUUCUCUCUUCCGUCUUCAUAUCUGAAGACAGAGAGAGAGAGAUAUCGAAUUUCUUCAAAGAUAAAUUCUUUGAAUUUGAUUCUUAUUUUUACGCUAAAAAUCGCAUUUUCUUCUUUUAUAUGGUAGGCUCUUGAUCAAAGAUUGCAUUUCGCGAUCCCGCAUUUGAUUUUCAUAGCUGGAGCCGGCUUUCUUUCGGAGAAUUAGGGUUUUGAUACGAUCGGUAAUAUAGAUUUAGGGUUUCGAUUUGGAGGUUAUGUGAGGUUUGAUGGUUGAUGGAUAUUUCUAGGGCUUGAAGGUUUUGUUUUGCGGGGAAAGAGAUGUGAGGGAAUUCUUGGUGGAUUGUUGAAGGAAUGAUAUUUGAUCUCCUUGGGGGAAAUUUCUGGUUGUGAUUGGAUUGUUUGGCGGAUUAUUGAAGAAAACAGCGGUUUUGUGGGGUUGUUGAUUGAUUGGGAUGAUCGGAUUUGAUGAAUCUGAGGUACUGCGGUGGUGUUUGAUCUGCCGUAAAAGAAAUUUGGGGUUUCUUUUAGGUAAGAGUUGGUGAUGAAUCGGUGACACGCAUUGGGUUUCGAGGAAAAAAAUUAGGGAUUCUCCUCUUUGUGAUUUGAUUGGACUGGGUUCGAUCAUGGAUCACGUCAUCGGAGGAAAGUUUAAGCUUGGAAGGAAGAUAGGGAGUGGAUCUUUUGGCGAGCUUUAUCUGGGUGUUAAUAUACAAAGUGGAGAGGAAGUUGCCAUUAAGCUGGAACCUGUGAAGACCAAGCAUCCUCAGCUUCACUACGAAUCGAAAUUGUACAUGCUUCUCCAAGGAGGGACUGGAAUUCCCCAUCUAAAAUGGUUUGGAGUGGAGGGUGAGUACAACGUCAUGGUCAUUGACCUUCUUGGGCCAAGCUUGGAAGACUUGUUCAACUACUGCAAUCGGAAGUUCACAUUGAAAACAGUGCUGAUGCUUGCAGAUCAGUUAAUUAAUCGAGUUGAAUAUAUGCACUCAAGGGGUUUUCUUCACCGCGAUAUAAAGCCAGACAACUUUCUCAUGGGUUUAGGGCGUAGAGCCAAUCAGGUAUAUAUCAUUGAUUAUGGCCUUGGAAAAAAAUAUAGGGAUCUUCAAACUCAUAAGCAUAUACCAUACAGGGAAAACAAGAAUCUCACUGGAACAGCUCGAUAUGCAAGUGUCAAUACUCACCUAGGAGUAGAACAAAGCAGAAGAGAUGAUCUGGAGUCUCUUGGUUACGUGCUUAUGUAUUUCUUAAGAGGAAGCCUUCCCUGGCAGGGUUUGAAGGCUGGCACUAAAAAGCAGAAGUAUGAUAAAAUCAGUGAAAAGAAGAUGCUAACUCCCGUUGAGGUGCUCUGCAAAUCUUAUCCAUCAGAAUUUAUAUCGUACUUCCACUAUUGCCGAUCCUUGCGGUUUGAUGACAAGCCGGAUUAUUCAUAUUUGAAGAGGCUUUUCCGUGAUCUCUUUAUUCGAGAAGGUUAUUCAUUCGACUAUGUAUUCGAUUGGACCAUAUUGAAGUACCCCCAGAUCAGCGGCAAUUCUAGAGCACGUCAGUCGAGUGGAAGAACAGGUGCACCUGCUGGUCCAUCUGCGGAAAGAACCUCAGUGGGACAAGAGAUCCGUGAUAGAUUCUCGGGUGCUGUCGAAGCAUUCACUAGAAGAAACAAUACAGGUUCCGGUCAUCAUGGUGAUCACUCCAGGAACAAGGCUUUGGAAGAUGCAGCCGCAUCUUCCAAGGAUGCGGGCGCUGAUUCAGGCCGUGGUUCCUCUCGGAAUGGAAGCGCGUCGAAAAGAGCCAUUGCCUCGAGCAGCCGGCCAAGCUCCUCUGGCGAGCCCAAUGAGCAUAUCAGCCGUACAAGCCGUCUGAUUUCAGGCAGCGGCCGCCCAUCCACUGCCCAAAGGAUCCAACCUGGGUUAGAGUCCAAGUCCUCCCAUACCCGUACUGCAUCUGCAAAAGUAGCCCGCGACGACCACCCCCUUAGAAGCUUUGAGCUCCUCUCGCUCGGCACAGAUAAGAAGAAGUGAGGGGAGAGAGAGAGAGAGAGAGAGAGAGAGAGAGAGAGAGAGGACUCAGUAAGAGCUAGCUGUCCGGUUGCUGUUGAUGGCCUUGUGGUGGGCCAUAUUUGUAUAUGAUGCACAAAUCCUAUUCUCUGGUAUUGUUCUCUUCACGGCUGAAGUUCCUAGUAUUAUACUCCUGACAGGAGGAAGGUGUCAGGUGUUUUAUGAGCAUUUCCAGUCUCCUUUUCUUCGGUGGCCUUCUGGCCAUUAUAAGGUGCUUCUGCCUAUAUGACUCAUUCAAGGAAGAAAAAGGAUUAGGAGAAAAAAGAAACGGAGGAAAAAAAAAAUCACUUGGGUGAGUUCUUAAAAUGUAUGGGACCUUUCCUAUUAAUAAAAUACACGUUCCAACUAUUCUCA